AUGGACCAGAACAACUUGUAUACUAUUUAUGUUGGCAAUUUGGAUGGGCAGGUGACUAAAGAGCAUCUUUAUGAGCUAUUUGUUCAAAUGGGUCCUGUCUAUCGCAUACGAUAUAGGAAGGAUAAAAUCACACAAGAGUAUCAGGGAUUUGCGUUUGUUGAAUUCUAUACAAAUUCAGAUUGCGAAUUUGCCAUUAAAUCACUCAAUAACUCCGUUUCUUUAUUUGGGAAGAUUUUAAAGGUGAGGAGGACUCUUGAAAAUACACAUUAUGGUGGACCGUUGAUUAGUGGAGCUAAAUUGUUUGUGAAGAAUCUUGAUGAUAGUGUAGAUUUUCAGCAACUACAGAAGUUAUUUGGCAAGUUUGGUCCUUUAGUGAAGCAGCCUGAAAUAUUUACGUUAAAAAAUGGGACGCUUAAAUGUGCAUAUAUUUACUAUUCCACCUUCAAGCACUCCGAUGAGGCAUUACAAAAACUGAAUAAACAAAUAUUGGCAAAUAGGGUUAUAUCGAUAGACUAUGCAUUCAAAGACGGAAAUUCAGGGGACAAACAUGGAGAUGAAAUCGAAAGGCUAUUAGACAGGGAAGCUCAAAAACAUGGCGUUAUUAAGACAAAAUGA